AUGGAGAAGAUUGACGUGAACGAUCCCUACGGUCGACCCGCACGGAGGACGCAAUGGAUAGUCAGCACUCUGGCGUUCCACUAUGGGCUGGACCGCGGGGUGGAGAACGAGAUCAUAGUGCUGGCCACGGGUCUGGAUCAGUACCUACAGGAGAUCUUCCAUCACAUGGACUACCAGGGGAGCGGCAAAGUCCACGCGGAGGACUUCCACGUCUUGUGUGAGGUGCUGGGAUUAAACAAAGACUCGGAUUCAGAGUCAGAGUGCGGGGAGGAGGAGGUCUCCGAGAACCUACCCGGUGAGUUAACCUUCCGUCAGUUCCACGCUCUGCUCUGCGGCUACUUCAGCACGAAGGCCGGCUGCCAGUACGAGAACGGCCGGCUGCUGGUGGGGAAGGACAGCGAGCACAUCGAGACCCAGAUCCGCCUGAGGAGCCCCCUGCGGCGGAGGGAGAGGCUGCUGUCGGUUAGCGGUGGCAGCAGCAGCGGCACCGCGUCCCCCAGCCCGGAGGAAGGGGGCCACCGCCGAGGGAGGCAUGCCUCCUCCUGCAGGCUGGGCUCUUGCACCCGGGAGUGCUACGAGGAGAUAGUGGCGCUGGAGGAGGCGGAGGACCGCAUCGCUAAGAUAGAGGAGGAGAACGCCAGUCUGAGGGAGCUGGUCGAGGACAUGCGAGCCGCUCUGCAGAGCAGCGACGCCCGGUGCUUGGCACUACAGGUUGGUCUGUGGAAAAGCCACGGCAGACAUAAACCAGAGGAGGGCUGCUUCAUCGCCCUCCAGCACCAGCACCAGCACCACCACCAGGCCGCCCAGAGAAGCCUCUGCGACGCGGCCGACACUAACAACCCCCCCAGCACCACCAGCCCGGACCAGGCGGACCUCAGCAGCCUCCAGAGCCUGAUCCGGGAGGUGGAGGAGCUCCGCAGCUCCACCGACCUCCGCAUGGAGGAGGUGGUGCUCUGCAACCAGCGGCUGGAGCGGGAGGUGAACUCGUCCAGGGAGGCGUUGGCCGCCCUGGAGGAGAGCAACCGCACCCUGAAGAGGGAGCAGGCCGGCACGAGGCGGCGGAUGGAGGAGGCCCGGCAGGCGGUGCUCACCGGCAUGGGGAAGGUGAAGCAGCUGGAGGAGAAGGCGGGGAACGUGCCGGUGCUGGAGAGACGCGUGCUGCGGCUGGAGGCGGAGCUCUGCUACUACAGGUCAGAGGUGUCCAAGCUCCAGCUCCCCAUCGGCGGCCCUGACCCGGGCCCGCAGGAGGGGGUGGGCAGCCGGGCGGGACCCCCGUCCGGCACGGACCCCCAACACGACGACCGCUGCUCCCCCACCGGCUGGGACGACCUGAACCCCGACAAAGCGGAGGAGCAGAUGUUCCGCUCGGUGGAGGGCCAGGCCGCCUCCGACGAGGAAGAGGACAAGUGGACCGGGGAGCAGCAGAGGCAGGUGGACGAGGUCCGGAGGAUCCUGAGCCGACUGUCCUGCUGCGAGGAGAGCAGGUGUGACGACCGGGCCUUCAGGAAGCUCAUGUCCACGUUCGGCGGCGGUGGCGGCGGCGGCGGCAGCUCGCGGGGGGAGGAGGGUCGCAGUGCCGCGGUGGAGCUCCUCCAGAAGGUGACCAGGCUCCACAAGCAGCUGGAGCUCAGGGAGAGCCGGGCGGAGAUGGACAUGGACCAGAUGAAGGACUCGUUGGUGCAGGAGCUUCAGCAGAAGGCGGAGGAGACGGAGCAGCUGCAGGUGGAGCUCCAGAUGCUGGAGACAGAGCGCGUCCGGCUGUCCCUGGUGGAGGAGAAGCUUCUGGACGUUCUGCAGCUCCUGCAGCAUCUCAGGGACCUGAACGUGUCCCGGCGGUCGCUGGGUAAGAUCUUGCUCAGCACUCUGGAGUCUUGCAGCGACCCGCAGCACGGGAAGGCCCACAUUCUGGAGGUGCUCAACGCUCUGCAUCACGAGCUGACGGCCUGUGAGGUCCUCUCCUCGGCCGGCUCCCUGGAGCGCACGCCCAGCCAGAGGUCCCUGGAGGGGCUCGUCAUCUCCUGCUGAACACCGCCGCCCCCUGCUGGCCCAUCGGCGCUAUAGCACUUAUGUGCAGAUGAGAAUCCUUCAUACACAGCCCAGGGCCGUGUCUGAAAUCGCCCGGUCACCGUCUUGUGCACUAUUUUAGGUAGUGUGUAUCGUUCAAUAUCACAAAUCUGGUUCAGUCUAUGACACACGAUUACACUACAUGUGAUCAGUGUUUCCCUGCCCAAUCAUGCAACAUGACUGGAUCCAUCAGAGAUCCCAAUCCUCCUAUUCCCUUACAACAUUCCUAAAGAGGGUACAACAUUCCUAAAGAGGGUACUAUAUAGUGUUCCCGUUAUGGUGCAAAGGCAAUGUGUGGACAAGUGAUUUUAGACACGGCGUAUGAUACAAACACAGUUUAUAUGCUCUCAUGAUAAAGGGACCUAAUGGACAAUAAUAGCAGUGAUGGUUGAGUAACUGUAGAUAAUGUUAUACUCUACUAAUUCAUAUGUAACUCGGGCGUGGAAGCUCUGAAAAGGGAAUUAGCCCAGGGUCCUUAUUGUGGCUUAUCACUCUCUGUAGGGCGAUAAAUUGCAGGUACUUUUAAUAACUUUGCAUGUUCCAGCAUAGUUUUAUUUGCUGAGAUUCGCCCCGAUAGUAUUUGGUUUUACAUGUGAAAAUGGAAUAAGCUUAAAUAUGGAUGUAAUAUUUUGUUGUAUUGAAAUAUGCUUUAUAAUGGGCCGAGCUAACCAGUAUAUUUUACAAUAAUUAAAACAAUUAAAAGCAUUUGUGUCUUCUU